AUGGUCAGCUCCUGUUGUGGCUCUGUCUGCUCUGAGGAGGGCUGUGGCCAAGGCUGCUGCCAGCCCAGCUGCUGCCAGACUACCUGCUGUAGGACCACCUGCUGCCGCCCCAGCUGUUGUGUGUCCAGCUGCUGCAGGCCCCAGUGCUGCCAGUCUGUGUGCUGCCAGCCCACCUGCUGCCGCCCCAGCUGCUGUCGUCCCAGCUGUUGCAUUUCUAGCUGUUGCCGCCCCAGCUGUUGCCGCCCCAGCUGCUGUGUGUCCAGCUGCUGCAGGCCCCAGUGCUGCCAGUCUGUGUGCUGCCAGCCCACCUGCUGCCGCCCCAGCUGUUGUCGCCCCAGCUGCUGCAUCUCCAGCUGCUGCCAACCCUCCUGUGGUGGUUCCAGCUGCUGCCGCCCCUGCUGUCGGCCCUGCUGUCGCCCCUGCUGCUGCCUGAGACCAGUCUGUGGUCAGGUUGGCUGCCAAAGCACUUGCUACCGCCCCACCUGUGUCAUCUCCACCUGCCCCCGCCCCAUGUGCUGUGCCACCCCCUGCUGCUGA